AUGAUCCUGGCCAGACUGCUGAAGUGGACCCACGCCUCCAUCUGCACCUGCGAAACUCGCUGUGUCUCAGCGGAUAUUCGUCUGGGGAAGUACCAGGCUCCUGGGGGCAUGGGUCUGAUGGUGACACGGCUUCUCAUCCAGGCUUAUUUGGCGGAAUUCGAAAAGGCGGUGCAGAUGUUUGAAGGGACGGUGAGUCGGGUUGGAUGUGGUGAUGAUGGGGCUUAUCUGGCACUCCAGGCUCGGACGUUCCAGUCGGAGGUACGAGGUUUGGUGGAGAGGAUCGCGAAGUACAUUUGA